AGCCGUUAUUAGCAGCUAGAUAGCUAGAUGCGUUGCAUCGACCACGGGCUUUCGAAGAACAACGCCGGUCGAGCUCCCCGUUGUGGAAUCGGAGACCGAGCGAAUGGAGACAUCGCGAGAUGAAGAUGCGACCUUCCCGCAACCCAGGUCUUAAUCGAUACCAAGAACAAUAUGGGCACUCGGAAUUCGUGCCGAGGGUAGGUAAAUAGAUUGAUAACAUAAAAGGACUUGAUGGGAUCGACAUUUCGAUAACGAAGAUACUGUAGCAUCCUCAUCGCCUUUCUCGCACCGCACCGAAAAGAUGAAGUACCAGAUUGUCAACCUUGCCAUCUCGGCCGGCGGUGCCUUGGCAGCCACCAGCGGCGAGUUCAGCAUCCUAAGCAUGAACGUCGCAGGCUUGCCCGAGAUCCUCAACGGCAACGAGGUCCCUGGAGACAAGACCAGCAACUCGCAGCAGAUGGGUACCAAGUUCUCCCAGUACAAUUAUGACAUAAUUCACGUACAGGAGGACUUCAACUAUCACGCCUACAUCUACUCUACCGACACGCACCCGUACCGCACGGCCACUUCCGGCGGGGUGCCAUUCGGCUCCGGGCUGAACACCCUGGCCAACUUCAAUUGGAUCGACUUCGACCGUGUCAAGUGGGCAACUUGCAGCGAUGCUUCCGAGAGCGAUUGCUUGACUCCUAAGGGCUACACGUUUAUGCGCGCCAUCAUCGAUGACGGCGUCUACGUCGAUGUGUACAACCUACACGCGGAUGCGGGUACCGAGGACGGUGAUGAGGCAGCUCGCUCUUCCAACCUGAAGCAAGUCGCCGAUGCCAUCGACACCAACAGCAAGGGCAACGCGGUUCUCGUUUACGGCGACACCAACAGCCGAUACACGCGCACCAGGGACGGCAUCACCAUCUUCUCCACGCAGAACGGCAUGAAGGACCCCUGGGUCGAGCUGAUCCGCGGCGGCGUCGUCCCCACCGUCGAGACGAUCUGCACGAACCCCAGCACGACCAACACGUGCGAGACCGUCGACAAGGUCUUCUACCGCGGCAGCCCGCUCCUGAGCCUAGCCGCGACAUACUGGAACUACGAGAGCAACAAGUUCCUCCAGGCCAACGGCAGCAUCCUGUCCGACCACAACCCGAUCACCGUCAACUUCACCUGGUCGGCCGGCUCAUCCCUGCGGCAAUCCAGUUUCUGGGGCGGCCCGCACGGAGCCUGGUUCAGCGACGUCACCACGCUCGCGACCAAGACCUCGCCCAAGGCCAGCGUCCUCACCUUCCGAGGCGCGAAGCGUCUCGAUAGCGUCGGCCUUACUCUAACUGACGGAACUACAUUCACGCACGGCGGCACCGGCGGUGACGUCUCAUCGCUAACGCUGAACUCGGGCGAGCGCUGGACCAGCGCGCAGCUCUGCCAGGGCCAGAAGAGCGGGGAGACGCGCAACUUCUACAUCAAGGCGACCACGAGCAGCGGUCGCACUCUUUCCGCCGGCACCUCAACCUCUGACUGCGCGACAUACACCGCGCCGUCUGGAUGGGGCAUCGUCGGUUUCCUAGGCCAGGACGGAGAUGAGAUGGACCAGUUGGCGUUCGUAUAUGCGCCGCAGUAAGCAAGCCUUAGGCUUUUGGCCUCGGCGACAUUGUACAUAGCAGCAGUACUAGUAAUACAUAAUCCAUAAUUACCUACCUA